CCGGUGGGGGAUGAGGGGGGCCGGUGAUGGAGGGCGCGGUAUUCGAGUCUGGGACGGAUUAGCCCAGGGUCCCUAUGUGGUGUCCUCAGAGACAGAGAUGUGAGACCGAAGACUGGAAGGGGAGCAGCCUUACGGGAGUAUACAGGCCUGGUUUCCCAGAGACCUCACCCAUAUUAUUUUUAAAACCCGUUUAUUCUUAAUUGCCUUGCUCCUGCGCCCUCCCCCAUCCUAGAGGCUGAGCAGCUACUGAUUUAUAAGGGGAGGCGGGCACAUCCCCUCCCCCACUGAGCAGUCUAGCCCAGCAUACAAGACUUUCCUUUCCCUCGGGAAGAGAGUAAGACUGGGGAGCAUGACAGGGGCCUCAUCAUUCCAGAGCUCAGAUCCCAAAGCUUUCAGACCUUCCCUCCUGCUUCCCCAGCUAGAGGCUGGAUGAAGACACCUGCCCUAGGCAUCCAGGGAGGAAGUCUGGGCCUGGAAGCCGAGGACAGCGUGGGGAGGUAACAGGAUGGAUGUCUAUUAUCUGCCUAGGAUUGGGAAAACAUUCGGUAGCCUUGAUCCCAGACACAUUGUAACGGUCACAUUGUGGAGCUAUGGCCCUGGCACCUCCCCCGGAUACAGGAAGAAAUACCUCCCUCCCGCAAACACAUGCAAGCCUAAAUGUUGGCCUUGAGGAUUCUGUCCCACUAUCCAGCAUCAGCACGGGCAGCAAGUGCCCCAUCUUGGCAACACCCACACUUGAAGGGGCCGGGCUUCAGAGCCAACCCUUCCUCUAGUUCAGGUUCUGCCCCUCAGCCUCCAUCAGGACUGGCAUACCAGAAACCCCACCCUUCUUCCCAGUCAGUGUUGUCUGUCACAGGCCUGUGUCCUGGUUUCCUCUCAGCCCAUUGGGGUUUCCUCUUCCCACCCGCUAGAGGCCUUAUCUCUCCGCUUGGCAUUCCGAAUAAUUGGUUCUCUCCUGGCCUGGGCAAACUCCCACCCCACCCCCACUGAUGUUCUUUCUGUAAUCUACAGUGGGAUGCUCAGACAGGGCCUUAACUGUACCUGAUCUCAGACCAUAAGCCUCUUUGUCUCUUUCAGGACCUCCUGAACCUGUGCCCUCUGGUCCCAAGAUCACAAUAGUUCUGACUGCCAGGUUGGGUGCUGUUAGGUGAUGUUAGGUUCUCUUGGAGAAUUGGUUCUACCCAGCCUGUCUCUGAGACAAGGAAGUGGAGAGUAUGAACAGAUGGGUUGAGUGGGCAUUAGGCCAAGAAGGAAGACAUCUCAUGGCAGUGACCAGACCCCUUAACUCCCAAAGCAUGUUUGUGCAUCGCCAAGGAUUCUGGCUGAAAGGACCACUUUGGAUCCUCUAGCCUCUGGGUCUAGGGAAAGGGCUGGAUGUGACCUUGGAGUCUUUACUGCUCUGACCUUAGUUCUUUACUAGAGCUCCUCAGCCCGCUGAUGCUUCUUCGGAGCUCUGUUCCUUUGCGCCUUAGCCCCCCGCCCCCAAGGGCUGAUGCAGAGCUGGGAGGGAGGAGGGCCCAGUAACCAUGCCUGCCUCCCUAGGCUCAUCUUUGGCACCCUGUACCCAGCCUACUCUUCCUACAAGGCCGUGAAGACCAAAAACGUGAAGGAAUAUGUAAAAUGGAUGAUGUACUGGAUUGUCUUCGCCUUCUUCACCACAGCAGAGACACUAACGGAUAUCAUACUGUCAUGGUUCCCCUUCUACUUUGAGCUCAAGAUUGCUUUUGUGAUAUGGCUGCUGUCCCCUUACACCAAGGGCUCCAGCGUUCUCUACCGCAAGUUCGUGCAUCCAACGCUGUCCAACAAGGAAAAGGAGAUCGACGAAUAUAUCACACAAGCCCGAGACAAGAGCUAUGAGACCAUGAUGCGGGUGGGCAAGCGGGGCCUGAAUCUGGCUGCCAAUGCCGCAGUCACAGCUGCUGCCAAGGGCCAGGGGGUGCUCUCCGAAAAGCUCCGGAGCUUCAGCAUGCAGGACCUGACUCUCAUUCGAGAUGAGGAUGCAUUGCCACUACAGGGGCCAGAUGGCCGCCUCCGACCUGGCCCUGGGGGGCUCCUGGACACUAUUGAGGACUUAGGAGAUGACCCUGCCCUGAAUGUAAGGUCCAGCACAAGCCAGGCAGAUUCCCGGACAGAGACCUCAGAAGAUGACCUGGGAGACAAGGCACCCAGGAGGACCAAAUCAAUCAAAAAAGUCCCCAAAGCUGAGCCGGUGGCUUCCAAGACGUUGAAGACCCGACCCAAGAAGAAGAGUUCUGGAGGAGGGGACUCCGCUUGAGGCCCCGCCUCCCCCCACCCUUGCAGCUGUAGGCCAAUAGCAAGCACUGGGGGGAGCUGCAGCCCUAGCCCCUCCUCCACAGUGAGCCGGACCCGAGAACCCCCUAGAUGGCUGUUUCUAGUGCCUCCUUCCCGUGGACACUCCUCCAGAGGGGGCUGGGCAGAGAGGAGGGAGGCACAGUUGUAGGGUUGAGGCCGGAAGCUGAUGGUGACUGAGCCCUUGAGGAUGUGGGGGCUUCCCGGCCAGCGGCGCUCUCCGGCUGCUCUAGCCCCGCCCCGCCCCGCCCAUCCAGUGCCUUGCUGAAGACCAUGGCCAUCCCCCUCUGUGAGGCCUGCCAUGCCUCCACCGCUCUCCCUUCAACAGGGGUAGUGGCCACUGUCCAGAGAGACCAAGGAGGGGGCCUUAAGGCACCUUGAGAAAGGGAAGAAGUGGGGAGGGGGUUGCUCAGGCCCAGCUCUGAGUGAAGACACGGCCUUGCCAGAACCGUAACUGUAGGGCUGUCUGCUCUCCAUACCACCAGAAAGAGGUGGGAUCCCAAGGCCGUGCUUGCUGGCGAGGUUCAGCCCUGGUCUUUAUCCACCCCUGCUGGUCUCGGAACCUUUGACAGAAUGAGGCUCCAAGGGACUGUUCCCUACCCUUCCAUCCUUGGUUUAGGCUGGACUCCUCCACUCCUAGGGCCCACUAUGGAGGUCCUGCCAAGCUGGCUCCUCUUCUGUCAAGGGGACCCAUCCUACCUUGCCAUGGGGUUCCCUUCCUGUGCCAAGCAUACUCCUGUCAGAACCAACCUGGACCCCACCCCUGGCCCUGGGACUGCUAGCUUCACUUAGGGCCAAGUGGAAUCUGUGAAGAAGGAAGAGGAGCUGAGCGGCUCCUGAUCCCAUAGUGCCCACUGGAUGAGCCAAUAAAUUAAACUCUGCCACCUCCUUCA